GGUGAACUCCUACAAGAUUUUAACCACUGCGAGAACCACAAAUCCAUUGUUUCAGUAUUCCGAGCAGUCCUCAGGGGACAGAGCGGGGAAUUCCCUGCAGACUCGGACGCGCUUGCUGUAUGAAACGGCCGGGCCCAGCGCUGUUGAGUCACAGAACCGGUUGCGAACCUAUGGCCAUCCCCCCCCGUGUUACUGCAGGUCAGACCUUGCGCAACAGUUCGCUCGAAGCCUUCACCCGACAGGUUGUGGCAUCACAGUGUGGUUGGUCAUCUGACGGAGCAGGAUUCGCGACAGAAGAGGCCGCAGUUCGAAAUGUGUAAUCGUGCAGUAAAGCCAUACACCCCCAACAAUGGCAGGUAAACAGACUGCGUCAAGCCAGCCAAGGCUUCUGAUUGGAGCUCUUUGCUGCAACCUCCUGCGUCGCCCUAUAAGAGUAGGUGUUUUGCUGCCAGGCCGACAGGCCAACCAGCAGCGCAACAUUCCAAGGAAAGGGACAGAGGAGACGCCAUUGAAACAUUCAAGAGUGUCUGCCCCAAGUGUGCAACCCACAGCCUGAAGAUUUUGCAAGCUUUCCGUCAUGAUCGACCCGUACUCAGAAGAAGUGCUAUGGAUUGUCAUCAUAGGUUUCAUAAUGGCCUUUGUGCUGGCAUUUGGUCUUGGUGCGAAUGAUGUUGCCAACUCUUUUGGUACUUCAGUUGGAUCAAAAGUACUUACUGUCAAGCAGGCGUGUUGUUUGGCAACAGUGUGUGAAAUUGCUGGAUCCAUAUUGCUGGGGUACAAGGUGUCAGACACAAUGAGGAAAGGUAUUUUGCAGGUUAACGUUUAUGACGACGCAGAGUACGAGCUGCUGUUGGGCAUGUUUGCAGCCCUGAUUGGCAGCUCUGUGAUGCUGCUUGGUGCAACAUUCCUGAAGCUUCCCGUGUCUGCCACUCACAGUAUCGUUGGUGCUACUAUCGGUUUCUCUCUUGUUUGCCGUGGCGAUAAAGGGAUCAACUGGAAAGUCCUUGGAAUGAUUGUGGGAUCUUGGUUUGUAUCACCGCUGCUGUCUGGCGUGAUAUCCGUGUCACUGUAUCUGGUGAUCCGUCGCCUUAUCCUCAAUGCGUCUGAUCCCAUAGCACGAGGAUUGCUCUCUCUGCCCAUUUUCUAUGGCAUAACCAUCUUCAUCAAUGUUUUCACCAUUGUUCACGAAGGAUCAUCACUUCUCUAUUUCAAUAGAAUUCCACUGUGGGGUGUACUUGUACUCAGCUUUGGCAUUGGAGCACUUACCAUGGUGGCUGUAUGGUUUUUUCUUGUACCAUUCAUGAGGAAAAAGAUUGAAGAAGUGGGAUCAACGCCAAAGGUGACGAGUGGCGUAAAGACUGAUAUGGUCCGCACAGACACAUACAAGCAGACACUGCCAUGGACCAAUGGAAAUUCUGAUGUCACAGUUCUGGCAAGUGAGAUAGUUCUUACGCCACCCAAUACCAGUGAGGAGCCUGCACCCCCAGGACAUGAGUCUUCACUUGGGAAGGACAACCCAGCUUACUGUCUCUCCAUCCAGGACAAAACAGAAGAGCCAUCCUUAGAGGAGAAGAAGGAUUCCCAGGAGAAGAACCAAGUUGAAGAGGACCAGGCUAAGAUACUCAAGCUCUUCUCCUUCUUGCAGACCCUUACUGCCACGUUUGCCUCAUUUGUUCAUGGUGGAAAUGAUGUGAGCAACGCCAUUGGUCCAGUGAUAGCAAUAUGGAUGAUAUACACAGAAGGUUCUGUGCACCAGAAAUCAGAGACACCCUUGUACAUUCUGUUAUAUGGAGGUGUUGGUAUCUCUGUUGGACUGUGGAUAUGGGGCAAAAGAGUCAUGAAGACCAUAGGGGAGGACCUCACAACAAUCACAUCUUCCACAGGAUUCACAAUAGAGCUAGGCGCUGCUUUCACAGUCUUGUUGGCAUCAAAAAUUGGUCUUCCCGUCAGCACAACACACUGCUUGGUUGGAUCCGUUGUGUUUGUGGGCUGGGCCAAUUCUACGAAGAAAGGUGUUGACUGGAAACUCUUCAGGAAUAUUAUUGCUGCAUGGUUGGUAACAGUUCCAGUAUCUGGUCUACUUAGUGCUGCAGCAGUGGCAAUACUGAGAGAGAUUGCACUUUGAAAGUCUAGUGGGUAUGGAGGUACAUUUCCAUGCAUUCUGAACCCUGUCACAAGCUGCAUGAAAAUAGUGGGGAAGGAGACCCAGUAUCCAUUGACUUGGUGCACCUCAGAGCUCAUCUGGAAAUAGUGCCAAAUAAAUCAUUCAGAACUGAGACACGGUUUUUUGUGUGUCUAGGCAAUUACUUUAUGAACUCUGCUAUCAGUAAUAGUAUUAUGAGUUCAUUACAUACAGAACUUUUAUAAAGAAAUCUAUCGAAGAAUGCCCUCUUGGGAGACCAACAAGGAGAUCAGAAGAUAACAUUAAGAUGUAUCUUAAGUACGUAGACUGUGGUAAUGAGAGGUGCAUGAAACGGGUUCAGGAUCAUGUCCGGUGAUGGACUUUGAUAUUAGCAUUGUUGAACCUUUGGGUUCUGUUGAGAGAGAGAGAGAUGGUUAUGAAUGAUAUAAAAUUUAAGAAUCUGUUGCAAGUU